AUGAACAAGGAGAAAGCAAACAAAAUAUUUGACGACAUGGACCUUGACAAAAACGGCACAAUUGAUGUCGACGAAUUUGUAUUUGGGAUGAAGAAGAUGAUGGGGGUUGACACAUUUGCAGACAAUGAAUUUAAAGCGAUAUUCAGUAUGUGUGAUGGGUGUUCUCUCUUCCACAAAAAAGACGGGAAGUUGUCGAGAAAAGAAUUUGCAAGAGUAGCCAAAGCGAUUCCAAACAGGUCUUCUGGAUACGACGCGCUUUCCGAAGAAGAAAAAGAAGUGAGUGACAAGAAGAGACUUGGCACAUUCAUUUUUAAUAUCAUUGACGAAGACAGGUCUGGCAAUAUCUCUUUAAAAGAACUCACUAAAUUCGUUGUUGCACUUGGAAAGCCAAAAGAAAGUGCUGAAAAGUUGAUGGCUCGUGUUGACAAGAGUAAAGACAAGCAGAUCUCAUUGGACGAGUUCAUCGACUGGUACUGUGGUGAUUUGUAG